AUGCCCACCUACCGCGUAGAUGCUGACAAGGGCUUCAACUUCUCCCUCGCAGACGAUGCCUUCGUGUGUCAGAAAAAGAACCACUUCCAGGUCACUGUGUACUGCGGCAUGCUGGGAGAUCCCAAGUACAUCAAGACCAGUGAGGGCCUGCAGCCCAUAGACUGCUUUUAUCUCAAACUCAACGGGCUGGAAGCAAUGAACCAGUCCAUUAACGUGGAGCAGUCCCAGUCAGACCGCAGCAAGAGACCCUUCAAACCAGUACUGGUCACACUGCCCCCGGAGCAGGUUACCAAGGUAACAGUGGGACGCCUACACUUCAGCGAGACCACAGCCAAUAACAUGAGGAAGAAAGGCAAACCCAACCCUGACCAGAGGUAUUUCAUGCUGGUGGUAGCGUUGCAGGUCCAGGCCCACAGUCAGAGCUUCACGGUGGCCGCGCAGGUGUCCGAGAGGAUCAUCGUCAGGGCGUCCAACCCGGGUCAGUUUGAGAGUGACAGUGAGGUGCUGUGGCAGCGCGGCCAGCUACCUGACUCAGUGUACCACCACGGCCGGGUCGGGAUCAGCUUUUACCGACCGGCCAGACGAGGCCAUGGUCAUCCAUUGUAA